AUGGACGCUCAGCCCAUCGUGAGCGCGGCAGACGUGGAUGGCGAGCUUGGCAGUCAGGCCACCAGCACCACCGAAACUGUUGAGGAGGGACCGGAGGGUCCGGAGGCCUUGAACGCGGACACUGAAGCUUUGCCAGGAGCCGGGUCCCGGCGAGUGACUGCGGGGGAUUUGGAGGACCGCUCGGGAGACCCGCAGGCUCAGCAGUUGCCUCCUUCCCCGGGAGGCAGCACCCCGCCCUCGCCUGGCCCCCAAGAGGCGGCCCUGGGGAGGAGGUCCCUAGACUCCAGGCUUUACGAGGCCAAGGAGGAGAACACCUACAUGCGCUCCAUGACCAGCUUGCUGGGCGGAGGUGGGGGGUCCAUCAGCUCCCUGGCAGACGUCCUGGUGUGGUCUGAGACCACCAUGGGCAUGGCCACGGCCCUCCUGGCCUCCGGCCACAGCUCCGUGACCGACCUGCUCCACAGCACUGGGCCCAGCCUGCGCUCCGUCUCCAGCAUCCUGGGGAGCACCUUCUCCUCUGGGCUGAUGGCCGGGACUAGCUCGGCCCUGCGCUCCGUCACCCACGUGCUGGAGAGGGUGGAGCAGAGGACUGUAGAGGGUGUCCGCUCGGCCAUGCGCUUCCUGACCAGCCACCUUCUUCCCGGCCAGGCCCACGCCGGCCCAAACUCUGAGUAGCCCCACGGAGGGAGCCCCGAAGGGCUGGCUCAGCAGCCUCUGAGAGCCCUG